AUGAAGCCCCCCCCUCACCUCCCUAAUGAAGUCUCUCUCCCCCCCAUCUCCCUCAUGAAGUCCCCCCCCCUCACCUCCCUCAUAAAGUCUCUCUCCCGCCUCACCUCCCUCAUGAAGUCUCUCUCCAGCCUCACCUCCCUCAUGAAGUCUCUCUCCAGCCUCACCUCCCUCAUGAAGUCUGUCUCCCGCCUCACCUCCCUCAUGAAUCUCUCCCCCCUCACCUCCCUCAUGAAGUCUGUCUCCCGCCUCACCUCCCUCAUGAAGUCUCUCGCCCGCCUCACCUCCCUCAUGAAGUUCCCCCCCCUCACCUCCCUCAUGAAGUCUCUCUCCCCCCCACCUCCCCCAUGA